AUGAUGAGCGCGGCCUCUUUCGCGAGCCCCAUCGGCGGUCGCCCGCCGCAGUACCGCACUCCGUCCCCUCCGCUACGCGCCGUUGAACCUAUCACUCCAUCCACAACCACCGAAUCUCAUUCCUUCUUGACCGGCCGCAGUGGCCCUCGAGCCGCAAGCCUUGAUUUCGAACAGCGUGCAUCAAAUCACAACCGAACUGCCACUGAAAACAAUUCACAACCUCGGACAGGGCACGGCCGAUCAAACUCGACCAUCGACACGCUUGCGACGAUCGCUCUCGCAACGAGUCCCACCUUUGCACCACUCCCUCAAAAUCCGCCCUCCCCCAGCUUCCGAUCAGCCGUGCCACUAUUUCCUCAUGAAUCUGCCGACUCCGAACGGCCGGCCAAGCGUGCACGGUCGGCAAGAAAUCCUUCGCCCCAUCGCCCUCGACCAGGAAUGCCUUCGGAAAACCCACAUCCCAUAUUUGACAGUAUGACAACGGAUGCGGAGCUUCUCCUCAACCUUGCGCGGCCCACAAACUUUCACCCGAGUAACUCGACGAAGAGAGUCAGCAUUGACGAGUCCUACCACCACGGCGAUGCGAUUCGUCAAGCUCGAGUGGGGUUUGCUAGCGUUGGAUAUCCGGGACAAGGUGAUUUGAAAGGCGAUGAUACCGAAGAUCAUGUUCCCACAUCCCGUAUGCGUUCACGUUCAGACGGAUCAGCCUUCAUUUCCCGUCCUGUGAUCCGAGGUGUUCGACCAACUACCAGCGCAGGUACCCUCCCGCCUAUUGUCUGGGAAGAUGAAAAUGAAGGCAACAACUGGCAUCCUCCAGCUGAUGAAACUCAUGCUGGGCAUGUGGGGUUUAAACCCGCCGGUGUCCUUGAGCCUCAGACUUCAAAAUCAUUGGCUGUGCCGCCAAAAGUGGAAGAGGAAGGUGAAACUACACAAGCAAGCUGUGCUGCAUGUAAUAUGGUUCGUAUUCCAGUCGAAACGGAAGAACAAGAGGAAGACACAUGGAUCAGCUGUGAUGGAUGCAAACGAUGGUUCCAUAUUGUUUGCGCUGGCUUCAAGAGUGACCGGGAAGUUCGUACCGUUGAUAAAUUUAUUUGUCGACCGUGCCGCUCAAUUUAUGGCCAAACAACAUUCGUGCGCAAGUCCUCGCGGGCUCGCACGGCCAUUGACUAUGCGGGCCUCAACCAAGGCCUUGUCAAGGCGGCCAGCGACUCACUGGAGCACCACUACCUCGAGCCAAUUCGCCAAGGCAAGAUUCGCUUCCAGCCAGAAAAAUUCCCUCGCAUGAAGCCCGAGUUGGUUACUGCGGAAUAUUUUGAACGAGGAAACGGUUGGACGGAACCAAUCGUGAUUCCCGCUUGCUGGAACACCACCGAGCCUGUUUCCUCGGGAAUCCCGGACUUCGAAUCUUUGGUUGAAGAGGCUACAUCGCAAGAGAUGUUCGAUGAGCUACUCGACAAUCACCCAGAGCAGGAUACCCACGUUCAAGAAACAGCUGAUUGUGGCCAAGAUCUCCUGGAUAUGGUCAUCCCCAAAGGCCUCACUGUUCGUGCCGUCGCCGAACUCUACGGUCCCGAAGAGAGAGUUGAGGUCAUCGAUGUCAAGUCUCAACAAGGAGAGGACAAGAGGUGGAACAUGCAGAAAUGGGCCGAUUACUACGAAAGCACCGAGCUGGAAAAGCCUGUCAGGAAUGUUAUCAGUCUCGAGGUAUCCCAAAGCAAAUUGGGCAGACUCAUUAAGCGACCUAAGGUUGUGCGUGACCUAGAUCUGCAGGAUUCUGUAUGGCCAGAGGAACUGCAGGCCGUCGGGGACUACCCCAAGGUUCAGUUCUACUGUCUGAUGUCUGUUGCCGACUGCUACACUGACUUCCACAUCGACUUCGGUGGAUCUUCAGUCUACUAUCAUAUCUUGAAGGGCAAGAAGACUUUCUUCUUCAUUCCUCCUAAAGACAAACACCUCAAGAAAUAUGAAGAGUGGUGCAACUCUCCCGCCCAAGAUUCGAUCUUCCUUGGCAAUCAAACCAAGGAGUGCUACCGCGUGGAUCUGUCGGAAGGAGACACCAUGUUGAUUCCGUCAGGCUGGAUUCACGCAGUUUGGACUCCUGAAAAUAGCUUGGUCAUCGGUGGGAAUUUUUUGACCAGACUGAAUUACGGGAUGCAAAUUAAGAUUCUUGGUAUCGAAAAGGACACGAAAGUGCCCAGGAAAUUCCGAUACCCCUUUUUCCAAAAGAUCCAGUGGUAUACGGCUCUGAAGUACCUGGAAGAUGACCCUAUUCCACAACAUGUGGUGAACUCUUUUAUCCAAGAUGAGCACUAUCGGUUUCACCGCCAACAUCCAAUUUACUACGAAUUCGGAGAGCGUGCCAACCAGGAACCUCGUGGCUCUUCCCAUCACAAUGCCCGUUUCUAUUCGCAAGCCGAAUUGGAAGGUCUACCUGAGCUGACUCGGUAUCUGCUGCGGACUGCGCUCAUUGCAGGCGGCUAUACUGUCGAUGGAGGAGUCACCGUUGAUGCUCGCAAUGCGGUCCGACGUUCUAUUCCAAAGGUUGUCGGAGAUCCCGUGGAUGUUAUCAGACAUUUCGGAAUGUGGGUGGCAUGGAAGCGUGGUAACGAGAAAGCACCCCUCUGGACUAGGCCUGGUGUCAUUGAAAGCAAUCCCAAGGUCUUAGUUACGGAGAAGAAGCCGGCAGGUCGACCCAGCCGCCGAUCUGAUCGCAACAUGGACAAUCAACGCACCUAUGCUGAAAGACAAGCGGUCCAGUGGCCCUCGGAUGAGGUCUCCGUGGCUCCAAAUCCCGCAUCCAGCAGUGGUCUCUAUGUGCCAUCGGAUGGGCCGUCAGACGAGAGCUCAACACCGGCGCCGUUCAAUCAUGCUCCAGAUAUUACUAUGAAAGAGCUUGCUACUCCCAAAACCCGGGCGGUGCAACGAGGCUCUGGUCUUGGUCCAAAGCGUGUUGCUUGUGAUGCAUGUCGCAAGCGACGGAUUCGAUGCCGUCACAAGGAUGAGCCAGGCGAUAUGAUGCUUAAUGGACAAGUCACAGUCAAUACGUUUACACCUGGCUCUGGGGUGAGCACGCCAUCUUCUCUUGCUCAGGAUGCUGUCUCUGCAUUGAACUCUCUAGCAGCGAUUGCAUCCCAGACUGGAUUUCAGAGCAAUAAUCAUCUUGUUGACAUGGAUCGAUUCGAGAACUCUGCCAGAUUCCAAUCUGCGGUAAUGAGUAACUCCACGGCUGCUGCCAACCGGCUCAUGGAUUUGAGUCCUGAUGGAGCCGGUGGAAAGAAGGGCCGUAGCAAAGCAUGUGAUGAUUGUCGGAAGAGCAAGCGUCGUUGCAUUCAUGAUGAAUAUGGUCGCAUAGAUCCUAUCAAGGCCCAAGAGCGUUCCAAGCCUCGUGCGAAUGCUUCCGCAAAGCGAGCACGUCCUGCUGAAGAUGAUGGAGUACCUGCAUCAGCCAAGAAAACAAAGCAGGAGAGCACAUCCCCUAUGGCACGGCCAGCUGUCUUCUACAAUCAUCAUGAUGGAGAAUCCAUAAGGCAACCGGAGUUCACAGAUGCUUAUGAUGAGGAACCAGUCAACCACGCCAACCCCAGCAAUCCUCAAUUCAAGUCAGACGAUGUCUCUCAAGGUGAGGCUUUGUAUGCAUCACCGCCUGCUUUCCAGCCCGACUCUGGGGACACAAAGGACCUGAACUCCAUUUCGGUUUCGUCGUCCAAGCCAGCCACGUCAUUGGUCUCGCCGCCUACGUCGCUGGUCGAUGAAAUGGAUGUGAUUCAAGAGGGGGAUGCCGUUCAGUCCGUGGAAGGUGAGACGUCAACUGCGCUUCACACACCAAAUUCCAGCUCUCGGCAUUCCUCUCGCCAGCCUCGACACGUUGAUCGAUAUGCGCCUGACAAUACUGCCUCUCGGGUUUCCAAACCCGUCCGGCGAGCAACAUCUUCCACAAUUGGCGUACGCAAGACAACCCCUGCCCCUCCACAGUCGGCAAGAAAGCCUUCAUCGCGCCCUUCUUCCUCUCAUGCGAAGAAGAGCUCUCCAAUGUACGAAAAACAUUUCAAUCGCCACGCCCCCACCUCACUGUCCCCUCGUCAGCACAAGCAUAUCCAGCAUAUUACCGGAGAUGAAGACGCAGACGAGGAAAGUCUCCGUUUAAUCCGAGAGCUUCAGGAGCAGGAAUUUGGUCUGCGGAAACGAUCGACACGCGUUUGA